UGCCUUUCAAAAUACCUUCUAAUAGUCAGUGCAUUGUAAAUGGAGAGGUCAAAGGAAGUGCUACUGAAACACAACCCUCUCAAAACAACUUUGAGCAACAGAGUGGGAGGCCUGAUAUGUCCGGUUUUGUUAGUCAGGAGUCCUGCCUUUCAAAGACAUCGCUAGGCUCUAGCAUCUGUCUCAUUUUGAGCUUUGAUGAACAGUCUUCGGGCAUCAACCAAGUGACAAAGCAAUGGUCACCCAACAAUAAUGAAAUACUUGAAGAGUCAGCAAGCAGCAUUCAGGGAAACAGAUUUCAAUCACAAGACAAAAAGUCAAUGCAAAUGCAAGAAGCACAAGAAAUGCUUCAGCUGAGAUGGCCAAAUGAAUUGGUCAUGAGUAAAGAGACCAAACAGAUGUCGUCUUGUGUGAAUCUUCCACAGUUGCAAAUCAAAAACCAAGGAGAACCAGACCAGUCACUAAACAAAGAGGAAAUACCCAGCCAAUUGUCCACAUAUAACAUUGAAUCAUCAAUUUGCAAUCACCUACCAGAGAAUCUGCACCACAGCAACAAACAAACAUAUCUGCAGCUAUCACCAGACAUUGAUAACAUGCAAAAUCCAGAGCAUCAAUUGCAAAAACCUCAGUCACAAAUCUACAGUCAGAACUACAGUCAGCAAAAAUCUUCACACAACAAUCUAGAAAUGAACCAAAACCAAAGUGACGAUCAUCUGAGGCAUGAAGUGCCAAAUGAAGUCACUCAUAGAGUGUUCACGUAUUUGCAUGUCUCGGAUAGUUACAGAUCCACAGGGCGAGUCUUGGAGGUUGAAUCCUCGACACAUGCAGCAGGGCAGGACGUGAGAACCUCUGCAUCAGGUUCCUCCUUAGUUCAAUCGUUCUCCUCUCUUUGGCAAAAUGUUUACAGUCACAACGGAUUCAAGCCAAGUUCUUUGUUCAAGCUGAUAGAGCCAAUCAAAUGUAAGGAGGAAAUCCAGCGAAGGAGCUCUCUGCAUGGCACUGUAGGAUCGGAAAGGUCUGGCAAACCUUCAAGCAUUUUCAGGCGAAGGUGUAACACUUGGCCAGAAGGAGAAAGGGGAGCGAAAGAAAGUCAAUUAAACUCCAAACUUCAGGUUUUCAUCGAAAAAAACAUGUUGCCGGUGAAUUCUGUCAUCAGUAACAAGACUGACUCUUUUCCAGAAGACAAUUUCCCUAAUGCUGUCAAGACUUCAAGUGGACCAGUUAAAAACACCUGCUCUUAUUUGUCUCUGGGAUCCACUCUUAGCUUCAAUCUUCCCAAGUGCUUUCACAAAAGUGUCUUGGACAUGGAAAAUAAAGAGGGGAUUCAACCUGUCCAGAUUUAUGAUGACUCAAACAACCAAACAUUACCCUCGGCUGGAACACCACUGUCAGAAAUUGAAGUAGAACCAGUGAUUCAUACUAAACAAACUGAAAUAAACCUUCAUAUUGAAGAUUUGGGCAGUACAGAAGAACCAACCACUGAGGUUGAGACCCAACAGUUAAACCAAGUUUAUGAAAGCAUGGAACCUGUUCUGAGGGUUUUCACUUUGGUUGAAUAUGAAGAACCUGAUAAUGUUUCCUCCAGCCAUCAUGAAGCCUCUUCUCCAGUGUUUAAUGGCUCCACCUUGGUCACUCACUGUAGGCCUCUGUGUCCUUCUUCAUCAGGUGGUCACAAUUGCUUAAGUGUUUACACUAAAAUUAAAGACCUGAAUGGCCACUUAUAUUACACAUCCAAACACAAGAAGACAAACUUGUUCCCUAAAAGCCCAGUCUCUCGUAAGAGUGGCCGCAUCAUAAACUGUGGUGUGAGGGACUGUGCAGUGUGUUUCAGUGAUACAAUGAAAGAGACAAGUGUAGACUGUGCAGAGAAACCUGACAUCAGCAUGGAGGAGCUUCUUAAGCCAGGCCACUGGCUAUUCCAGCAGGAGGAAGAGGAACUGGAAGAUAUCUGGAGAGGAAGAGUGGGUAAUCUCACUUCCAACUGUACUGUGGAAACAAAUACGGAUGAAGAAACAGGAGAGGAUUCUUACAAUAAAGGACUAUCAAUCAAAACCAACAGGGGACAGGUAGCCCACCCACUCCAUGGAUGAGAUAUAACCCCAUCAAGAUGGAUUAUUUCAUGGAUGGGCUCGUUUUGGACACCUUGCCAUUUAUCUGCUGUACAUUUAGUAUGCGGAAGGUUUUUUUUUGUUGUAUUCUUCUCUAUAUCAUAGUGGUAAAUGUAACUCUAAAGGUUGAUCUAAGAUCACGUAAUAGACAAUGCAUUGCAGAUUCACAAUAGCGGUUUGAAAUUUCUUUGGCAAACUCCAGAUGGCGCCCUUGUCACGCUUUAUGCGUACUGUGCAGCAUUUGGUAAGCACAGAGGAAUGAAUGGUCAACCCAUGUUCAAUAUAAGGCACCUCUGUGCACACCUAUUUAGAGCUAACAACAGAAUCAGCAGGCCCAGAGACCUCAUCCUGUUGAUCCUGUGGAAAUAAUAAAUAAACAUGGAUGAAAAGCCUUGCAUAUGAAUUACACACUCCUUUAUAAGCAGAUUCCAAUGCAAUAAGUUGUACAUCUGAGAAAACAGUUUGUAAAUCACUAUUGUGGUGCAUAUGUGUAAUUGACGGGAUUAUUACUGUUUUGUGUGGUCAUGUUGAUUAUGUUCUUCACUAUUUUGCACAAAAUAAAACUGAAACCACAUAAA